AUGCACCGCCUCCGCUAUCACCCUUACGCUGUGCCGGACCGCCGUGCAAGAUUCAAGGCUUUCGACCCCGUCGCAUAUCUUAUGCCGUUGUGUGUAGUAGAUGUGUUUUUCCCAUCUUCACCAACCACGUCGUCCGAGCCAUUUGGCGCCAGCAGAGCGAAUCUUACGCCGGGAUCCAGUGCUCCUCCCACCCGCGCCAAUCUAGUCUCUUCUAUUUCCCGAGAGAUCGAUGUCACGGAAUCUGGUGCUAUGAACUAUGUUAGGGGAACUAGGCCCCGCGUUCCCAACAGUCUUGGGCUAAGCUUUCAGAGUGACAACAACGCCUCACUCUCGAUCCAAAGCGUAUCGUCUGCAGCACGGUUUAUAUUUGCGAGCGACGACGACGACGACGGCUCGCAUGACGACUCUAGCGUCCCUGCCAGCCCCGUAUCGCACCUGGCGCCCACUCUUGCAACCGCUCUGUCCCCUCUCAUCGGCCUAGGAAACCUACCAAACUUCUCCAGGGCUCUUCGUGGCCAAGCGCCAGCAAGCUCCCUUGAUCUUCGGAGCCUCGAAGAGGUCAUGAAUGAACUCGAGCCUCCCGCAGGCGGAGAAGCCGCCCUGGUACGCUCCGAUUCUGGGCUUCUUCUGGACUUCUCGCUUGUCAUGCAACGCCGCUGGCGCCCUCAGGACCGACCUCGCGACGUUUGA